AUGAGCAUACUUUUCUCAAGCAGUUUUUCUUUGCAACUUUGCAGCGCCAGUAAAGAUGUUGAAAACAAUCUGUUGGAUUCAUCUAACGUGGACAUUGCUAGCAAUUCUACUACGAGUAUAGAAGCUGUUUCUACUAGCCGAGGCCAUGGUUUGGCUUCACCAGAAGAGCUUAUGAAGAUAUACAACACUAUCUCACACAACGAAUGUGCUCUUGUCUUCCGGAGACGGCUUGAUAGUCAGAAAAGGGCAAGGUACAAGAAACUGGUCAGGAGGCAUAUGGACUUAGACACUAUAAAAUCAAGAAUCAACGGUCGUUCGAUAUCUUCAGCUAAAGAGCUUUUCAUGGACUUUCUUCUGGUGGCUAACAAUGCAGCCAUUUUUUACUCUAAGAACACUCGUGAGCACAAAUCCGCUGUCUCCCUCAGAGACAUUGCCACCAAGUCUCUACGACACUAUUUGACACAAGACCAUCAUCCUCCUCCUAACAUUACUACAAGCACCAAGGUUUCUGUUCCCGCUUUGACAUCUAAAUCUCCUUGUGUCCGAACCAGCGUGGGAGUUAAAAAACCAAGAACGGGGGCACACGCUCUUAAGAAGGUUGAGCAGGAUUUGGUGAAGACGACUUCAAGUGGUGGUAAAAAAAGGCUUAUACCAGAUUCACCACCAGUUGCUGCUGUGAAAUCCUCAGCGGCGGGUAAGAAAGUUACGGCGGUAGAGAGGAGAAGAAGAGAUGGUAAUAAACAAGUGAGCCGUGGACUUGAUUCUCCUGCAUUGACAGGGAGAAAGCGGAGUAGGGUGAGAUGAUUUUGUUUCGUUUUGAAGUGUUUGUUUCUUCGUAUGUUGUUGGUAGUUAGGCAGAAGAAAGCCUUUAUUUUUAUCUUUGUAGUUUUUAUAUGUGGGUCAGUUUGAUCUGCAGACAGAUAUAUACCCUCUGAUCACUGGUGAAACUAAUAACACCACCUAACUGUUUAUAUAAAAUGUUACAUCUCAUACGUAAUCUUCUCGUUAAA